UUUUAAAGAGAAGACACCGUUGAUUUAGAGUCACUUUGGAAGCUUGUGGACUAGCAGCAAUGUAUCCCACGGUGCUGUUCUGGUGGGCUGUUACUCUAGCACACUGCACUCUUGCGGGAAAUGUGUGCCCAAAGCCUCCUGAAGUGCCAUUUGCUAAAGUUGAUGUAAACAAGAUAAUAUAUGAGAGAGGUGAAGAAAUUACGUACACCUGUGAUCCAGGUUAUAGCCAUCACAGUGGCCUUAAAAAGUAUGUUUGCCCUUGGUCUGGUAAAUGGCCUAUCAAUACAAUGAGAUGUAUACCAAAGAAAUGCUCCUAUCCUGGACCCUUGAGAAAUGGAGGAAUUGAUUUUAUAGACUUGAACUAUCAGAGUUUGGUACACUUUUCAUGUGAGCCAGGAUACAUUCUCAAUGGAAUAGACACUAUCCAGUGCAUGGCAGAUGGACAGUGGAAUGCAACAUUACCUGAAUGCCAACCUGUGACUUGUCCUCUUCCCUCACUUCCUGAAUUUGGAGUUAUUUCUUACCAUAAGCUAAGCCCUGGAAAUGUGUCCGUCUUCCAAGACAAGAUCAGUUUUGAAUGCUUACCAUCUUUUGCAUUGUUUGGAAAUGAAACCGCUACCUGCAUGGCCAAUGGGAACUGGAGUGAUAUACCAACAUGCAAGUAUGUACAAUGUCCACAUCCAGCAACGAUAGAAAAUGGAUUCGUAAAUUUUGCAGUUCGCAGAACCUUUUCCCCCUGCCAUAGUCCUUAUGUGCUAGAUGGACCGAGGGAAUCAAGGUGUGAAAAAACAGGUAGCUGGUCCAUCAAGCCAACAUGUAAAGCACCAUGUAAAAUCCCAGUUAGCAAAGCCACAGUGCUAUACAACGGCCGGAAAAUAAAGGUUCAGAAUGAUCUCAAGGAAGGAAUACUGCAUGCUGAAACUCUUUUCUUUUUCUGCAAAAAUAAAGAACAAAAAUGUGGCUAUUCGGUACCUACUCAAUGUAUUGAUGGCCAACUCACAGUCCCUGCCUGUUUCAAAGAAAUUGGACUUCUGCAAUCUAUUUGGAAAACUGAUCCAGCAGAGUUGGCCCCAUGUGCUGCAGGAGUGAAUUCAAAAUAGCAAGAUAGUUCUAUUAGACAAGUUUAACAAAAACAAAGUUGUAAAGGUGGAAAGGAUCGUUUAGGUCCCAAGAAAUGUAUUUGUCUCUGGUCCUAUAACAGCAUACUCUCUAUUGUCAAAUGUUCUAUUACAAAUUCUCUCCUGAAAUAUAGCAUGUAUUCCUUUGCUCACUUUUCUCUCCUUCUUAUUUGAAUGUCUAUGCCAGACCACUCUAAGCAAUUUCUUUUCUUUUGUAUUUACACUCUUCAUAUACUUGUAAUUUGUUCUCAGGCCCUACACCAAUGUAGUCCUUUUUCAUUCAAGCUGUAGUGUAUACUUAUUCUUUUAAUAUUACCUGGUCAGAAGUCCAAUUUUCUAGCUCUUCCCUGUUUAUCAUUUAAAGUCAGUUUUAACAGUAUCCACGCAGUAUUGUACUUUUCUUCAUAAAGUGUUUUUCAAUGGUGAUUAUAGCAUUGAUUUUAUUCUAUUGUGUAUUGGAAAACUGUCUUCUCAAGUUACUCAUUUUAUAGUCUGAUUUCAAAGCAAACACGUAUAAAUUCAGCCCUUCUCUUUCUAAUCUGUACCACAAGUCUGAAAAUUCAAAAGAGGGACAGUGAUUAGUAAAAAGGGAGGCACUUGUCUAGAAGUUGGAGAAUUAGGACAGUUGUGUUCUGUCUAGUUCCAUUCCUGGGUCCUCACAGAGUAUAGCUUCCAUACUCAUGUCGAGUAUAAUGACAGAAGAGUAGGGCUGGAAAGGAACUUGAGAGAUCAUUUAGUUUAGCCCCUUGUGCUGAGGCAGGACCAAAUAUACCUAGACCAUUCCUGAUGUAUGUUUGUAGUAUGUUCCUUUGCACUUACUCUAAUUGGUGUG